AAUGGUUGGUUUGAAGAGCAAUGUUUGUGUGUGUCUCCACCAAAACUCACAAAUGGCUAAGCAAGUGAUGCUAAUGCUCCUUCCCCUCCCCAUGAUCAUGUUUUUCCUCAUAACCGUGCAUGGUGCUGAAUCCUCAUCAUGCCCCAUGGAUCUCAGCUAUGUUGAGACCUUUCCAUGGGACACUUCAACAUGUAGAAACCCAAUUGAUAAGGGUCAUUGUUGCCAAGCUUUGCUUAGUGUUAUAGGCAUAGGGCUAGCCCAACACCUUAAAGAAACAUCCUUGUUUCAACUUCCCAAUGUAAACACUUCCUCCACCUGUUUGUCAAAUUUCCAGGAGAAACUCGAAGCUUUGGGAAUUGACCCAUCUUUGGUCCCUUCUUGUUUCCCUAACCCAUCACAGUUUGUUACCAACUCUUCCGUAUGUGCAGGUAUUGUGACACUUGAAGAUUGGAAGCAAAAAGUGGGUUUGAUUAGCCCUGUUGACACUUCUUGCAAUGGGGACCUAAGUGAUCAAACUAGGUGCAGCAUUUGUUCUGAUGCUGGCCUCAAGGUGACUUCACAGCUCAAUGGUAUGGACUCAAAUGCCACAAAUUGUUUUUACUUCACGGUUUUGUAUGCUACGGCUAUUGUUAACGAGCGUGGUCCAACAGAUUUAGGCACGGCUAGUUGCAUACUAGGCAUGCCACUGUCUGUUAAAGGGUCAUCAAAUAAAGUGCUGAAAAUUGUCUUUGGGUUGUUGGGUGCUGUUGUUGGUAUUGUGCUUGCUUUUGUGCUGUUUGUCAUGUACAGGAAGUGGGAUAAGAGAAGGAAGGAGAGUAGGUAUCAUAGGUCAGUUGAAAACGGUGUGAGGAACAGUGUUUUGCCUAAUACUGGGGCAAAGUGGUUUCACAUAUCGGAGCUUGAACGUGCCACUAACAAAUUUAAUCAGAAGAAUAUGGUUGGCCAAGGCGGUGAUGGUGUUGUGUACAAAGGGACUCUUGCGGAUGGCACUGUGGUUGCAGUUAAGGAGAUUUUUGAUUUGGAAACUAAAGGGGAUGAGGAUUUCUGCUAUGAGGUGGAGAUCAUAAGCAAAAUAAAGCACAGGAAUCUUCUUGCACUUCGGGGUUGUUGCAUUUCAAGUGAUAAUUUGAAAGGUAAAAGGAGGUUUCUGGUUUAUGAUUUCAUGCCUAAUGGUAGUCUCAGUUACCAAUUGUCCAUCACUGGGGCUAAUAGGCUAACGUGGCCACAAAGGAAGAACAUAAUCCUUGAUGUGGCUAAGGGGCUUGCUUAUUUGCACUAUGAAAUCAAACCCCCAAUUUAUCACCGUGACAUUAAGGCCACCAACAUACUUUUGGAUUCCAAAAUGAAGGCCAAAGUGUCAGAUUUUGGGUUGGCCAAGCAAGGCAAUGAGGGCCAGUCUCAUCUCACCACAAGGGUGGCUGGCACAUACGGUUAUUUGGCACCAGAGUAUGCUCUGUAUGGACAACUAACAGAGAAGAGUGAUGUGUACAGUUUUGGCAUUGUGAUUCUUGAGAUCAUGAGUGGGAGAAAAGUGCUUGAUGCAAUGAAUUCAUCAGUGGUUUUAAUCACGGAUUGGGCAUGGACACUUGCAAAAUCAGGGAACAUUGAGGAUAUUUUUGACGAGUCAAUAAAAGAAGGGCCAGAAAAGAUCAUGGAAAGGUUUGUUCUUGUGGGGAUACUUUGUGCUCAUGCAAUGGUGACGUUAAGGCCUACUAUUGCUGAGGCACUUAAGAUGUUAGAGGGUGACAUUGACAUUCCCCAAUUACCUGAUAGGCCAGUACCACUUGGUCAUGAGUCCUUUCAAUCUUCUUUUUUGCAUGGUUUGCAAAGAAGUGGAAGAUCAACGCCUUUUCUUUCAUCUUAUUCAACCACUAUCAGCACAAGUAUGAGCACAAUGUAAAUUGAAACUCUAGACUAGUUUCUUUGUGCCGCAGCCAAUAGUAUUAGGAUAAGACUUAGGUAUGAGUCAGAAAUUCACGGCCACCACUUGGCAUUUGAAGGUUGAAAUUGACCUUUGAGAAGGUGUCGUAAAUAUAUGGAAUUCUUCUUCAUUUUGUAUACAUUGUAAUUUUAUCACAUACGAUUACAGAAGAAAUAGUUGUGAUAAAGUUUCAUUUGUUGCAUUUGUAUAGCGUCAUACAAAAGGCAUAUAGAGAUCAUAAUAUACUUUAAUACUUUUUUUUUUUGAGUGACUAUAUACUUCAAUGCUUUGAAUGCAAGGAACCUAGCCUCUUACCUUUUACAUUCAAAUACUAGAAUUUCAUCUCUCUCUCUCUCUUUUAUUUUAUAAAACUAGUCAACAACUUGGGUUUU